CAUAAAGCCAUAAUUACCCAUGGUGUUCUUUUAAUUUAUUAACUUCCUAACUAAAUACACUCUCAAUUUUUAAUUUGAUUCUUAUAACUUGAAUCAACAAAAAUGAAACCCGUUUCUCUUUCACUCACUGUUCUUUCAAUUUCUCUCUGUUGUGCUUACCUCAUUAAGUUCUUAUACAAAGUAUGGUGGAAACCAAUUUGGAUUCAAAGCAAGAUGAGAUCACAUGGAAUCAAUGGCCCCCCUUAUAGAUUCUUGCAUGGAAACACCAAAGAGAUCAUGAACAUCAAGAAAUCCACCGACAGAAAACCAAUGGAAGGUUUAGGUCUCCAUAUUGGACCAAAAGUUCAACCUCACAUCUUCUCAUGGAUCAACACAUAUGGUAAUACUUUUGUGUGUUGGAAUGGUCCAAAACCCGAGUUGGUGAUAACGGAUCUUGACAUUAUGAAAGAAGUUAUGAACGACAAAAGUGGAGCUUUUCCUAAAGACGAUGUUGAAGGGUAUUUUAAGAUACUAUUAGGUGAUGGUCUUGUGGUAUCAAGUGGUGAAAAAUGGAUAAAGAUGAGAAAACUCGCCAACCAUGUUUUUCAUGCAAAUAGUCUAAGAGAUAUGACACCGGCAAUGGUUGCAAGUGUUGAUGUUAUGCUAGAAAAAUGGAAACAAUACGAAGGAAAAGAGAUUGAGGUUUAUGAAGAGUUUAAGUUGUUAACUUCAGAUAUCAUAUCUAGAACAGCUUUCGGAAGUAGUUACGUUGAAGGGAAAGAGAUUUUUCAAAUGCUCAGGAAGUUGACCGCUAUAAUUGCUAGAAAUGCAUACAAGACACGACUUCCCUUCAAGACAAAGGAUGAUGCGGAAUCUAAAAUGAUUGACCAAAUGAUGCGAGAAUCUAUCAUGGACAUUGUGAAGAGAAGAGAGAAGGAAGUGAGAGGCGAAAUAAAUAACUUUGGUAAUGACUUUCUUGGAUCACUUAUGAAGGCUAAUCAAAGCUUUGACCAUGGCUACAAAGUUACAAUACAAGAUAUAAUUGACGAGUUCAAGACGUUUUACAUCGCGGGACAUGAGACCACCACAGGAUUGCUAGCAUGGUCGAUUUUCCUUCUUGCAGUUCAUAAAGAUUAUCAAGAAAAAGCAAGGGAAGAGAGCUUUAAGUUAUUCAACAAAACGAACCCUAAUUCUGAUGAUCUUUCCAGAAUGAAAAUGAUAACCAUGAUCAUUAACGAAACCCUAAGACUAUUUCCUCCUGUAGUUUCACUUAUAAGAAAGUCAAAGCACGAUGUUAGUUUGGGAGCACUCAAAAUUCCGGGAAAUAGAAGACUUAAUUUCCCAAUUUUAUUUGUUCAUCACGACACUCGAAUAUGGGGAGAAGAUGCUCAUUUAUUCAAACCAGAGAGAUUUUCCCAAGGAGUUGCUAAAGCUACUAACAACAACCCUGCAAUGUUUAUUCCCUUCGGUUUGGGGCCUCGAAGUUGUGUAGGAUCCAAUUUUGCAACUAAUCAGGCCAAAAUUGCAUUGUCUAUGAUUCUACAAACCUACUCCUUCACCUUGUCUCCUACUUAUAUUCACUCACCCUGUGAGCUUUUGACUAUUUGUCCAAAAUUUGGUGUUCCUGUGUUAUUUUGUCAUCUUUAAAGGUCUUUAGUGGAAAAUGUCUUUGAUUGGUGGUGAAUGAAUGUGAGAAUCUUUAACUCUUGAAAUGAUAUUUGAUUGUAUGGUUGAUUUUAUUGACUACUUCAAGAUAUACAUAUAUAGAAUCACAUAAUUGUAAUUGAAUCACAUAAAUAGAUAGAUUUGCAUUACAAGAGAACUUAUACAUUCCUUAUUUAGGUAAUUAUGUACGUUAUAGACAUAUUGCUAUUUUGUCUAGACCCUGGAAGAGAUUUGUGUUCUCAGGGGAUUCUUCAUGACGACUGUGAACUCCAACUUCUCCGAGAGAUCAACAUGAUAACCUUCGGGAGGACUCCAAUGGAAAUACCAAAUCAAAUUGGCAACGAAAUAUUCCAAAUGAAGCAGAGCCAAAUCAAACCCUGGACAUAUCCUUCUUCCUGCACCAAAUGGCAUCAUCUUUAUCCCUUUGCUUCCAGUUAUAUCGAAAUCACCAUUGAUGAACCUCUCUGGCUUGAACUCCAUCGGAUCUUCCCACACCUUUGGAUCCAGACCCAUCUCUGCCACCAUGAAAUUAAUGCUCGCACCCUCUGGAAUCGUAAACCCUAGAAGUUCUACCUCCUUUGUGACCCUAUGGGGGAGAACGAAAUGUGCUGGUGGGUGUCUCCUCAGUGCUUCCAAAACCACCGCCUUCAGGUAUGGCAUUUUCUUUAAUUCCUCUUCGUUUAUAACAGAUUCCGGUUCUACCCCUGGCGGCGGCGGUGGAGGCGGUGGUCCGACGACUGAAAUGAUUUCGUCGUAAAGCUUGCUCUGAAUGUGAGGAUACUUCACCAGAUUCGCCAUGAUCCAUUGUAGAGCAGUAGACGUGGUGUCUGUGCCGGCGUUAAGGAACUCGCUACACAUACUCACCAUCUCCUUGUGGGUCAGCUUUCCACCAUUUUCAUUGUUACCUUCUUCCUCGGGAAGCUGUAGAUUUACCAGAGUGUCAACGUACGCCACGAUUUGCUCGUCUCGAAAUUGGGACUCAGAUUUGUUUGUUUCGAUUCGAGAUUUGAUGAACGGAAUCAACACCUGUUCUCUAUCUUCGCGCAAUUGCUCGAACUCUUUCCAUCUGUUUGUAAACAAUAUCUUCCCCAAUCUUGGGAGCAUAGUCAACACGGUAAAUCGACCCGACCCGACUCUCAACAGCAUAUCACGCUGUACUCGUGCGAUUUCAUUGAUUUGAUUCUCGUCAAGCUUCUCUCCGAAGCACAUCAGGACCAACAAACAGAACAUGGCGUACUGAAAAUGAUCAACCACCUGGAUUCCUGCAACCUCCUUCUGCUCCUGGAGACGACUGAUCAGGAUAUGAAGGACCCACUUGCGAGCCCACGAGUAGGACUUGAUGUGAGCGGGAUGCAGAAUCUCAGAGGCGAGAUUGCGUCGGAAGAGGCGCCAAGUAGGGCCGUAGGAGGCUGAGGAGAUGUUCAUCAUGGCGAAGGAUUUAGGGCGAUCGGAGAAAACUGCGCCUUUUUGAAUGAGAACUUGGUGGGCCAGAGAAUGGCUGCCGACGAAAAUGGAAGGACGAGAACCGAUAUAAAGAGUGAUGAGUGAUCCAUACCUGGACUUGAGAUUUAUGAGGGUCGUUUCGAACUCCAAGCGGGACCUUGUUAGCAGUGAGAAGUUGGAGGAAAUGAAAGACGGCCCAGGAGGUAGCUUCUUACCGUUUCUCCGGUGGAAUAGUAGGGAUCUGAUAAGGGCGGCGACGCAGAGGGACACGACUACCACGAACCAGGUCUCCAUCGUCGACAAAAUGAAAGGAAAUUAACGAUGACCGGCUAUCCGUUUUUGAUUUCAUACAAUACAAGUAAACCUCUAGCCUUAAGUCAAACUAGUGUACUUCCUAUGCUCCAUAUGGGUUGGAUUGAUUUUUGUAUUUUUAUAUGUUGUUGGAUCUCAUGUAAAAGGUACUUUACAAACAAAUCCUUGACAUUCAAAUCAGAAAAGAAGUUAAAAUAUGAAAAGUUAGUAUAACAAUUUGGAUCUCAUUAGAUCUUUGUGAUUCUAUUCC